UUUGCAUUUGCAUUUCGUUUGGAAUUGCAUUGCUUUUUUUUUUUCUUUCUUUUUUUUCUUUUUGAAUCCAAUCGACAGCCACACUCACUCACUUCACUCACUCACUUCACUCACUUCACUUCACUCACUCACUUCACUCACUCACACCCUGCCUUGAGCUUCCGUCAUCUACUACUAUUUUCCCCUUCCUUCUUUGAUCGCUCGCUGCUUUGCUUUGCUUUUUGUUUGAAUGUCGUCGCCGCCGUACGCCCGGUCGCCUGGAAAUGGCGGCGCUCCUGCUGCUGCUGCAUCGUCCUCGGCCAGCGACAUGAUGCCUGCCUUCAUGACGGGCGGCCGCAAAAAGUCGUCGACGCCGUCUGCUGCGCGCUUUGCCACUACGCGCGAGCUGUCCUUCACGGACGAGGAGUCGUCGCUGCUCCAGUCGGACGCCUUCAACCGCCCGGCUCCGCAGCGCCCGUCCUCGUUCGGCUCGCUCUCGGCGUCCUCGUCCGCGAGCCUGUAUGGCUCGAGCCCCUCUGUCGCUGGCCACACGGGUGGCGGCUACGGUGCCAGCAGCGGUGGCUCGCACAGCAGCAACGGCCGCUUCAAGCGCGGGAGUGGAACAAGCAGCUCCAAUGGCUUUGGCAGCGCCCCGUCGAGCACUGGCUUCCAGCCCGUCCGCUACACGAACAUUAACGGCGAGCUCCGCAAGUUGCCGCCAGAGCCAGUCUGCGAGCUGUGCUGCAGGUGCUGCACGCCGCGCGUCUGCCUCAUCUCAAUCAUCCUGAUGCUGCUGCUCGGCGCCGGCGUUGGAGCGCUCGUCUACUGGGUCAUCCUCCCUGCCGUCGAUGCAAACAACGGCACCCCGACCGUCGUCGUCGGACCAGGCAUCCCAGACCCACCCGCGGCCACAGCCAUCAACUCGACGCACAUCCAGCUGGUCUGGGAGCCCCCGAACUCGUCCGGCACCGAUCCAAUCUCGUACUAUGAGCUCUUGCGCUGCAAUGGCGGCAAUGGCACCCUUCCCGACACUGACACCGACACGACUGCUCGAAAGCAAGACGAUGCCACCGCAGAUGCAGACUCUGAUUCCGGCGCAGCACUGUCCAUCGAUGCCGCCGACCCAGCCCCUUGCACCUUCCUUCGCGCAUACCGUGGACCGCUGCUGACCUUCUACGACAUCAACCUGAACGCAUCCACCACCUACUGCUACGCCGUCCGUGCUGCUAGCGUGGCAGGCAUUGGCAACUUUUCUGCCGUCUCAUGCGUCACAACGCUCCCGCCCGAUCCGCCGCUCCCGCCGACGUCCAUCGUCCCAACCGGCUCAAGCACCGAGACCAUUUCCAUUGAAUGGAACAAUGCGAACGGUCAGGGUGCCCCCAUCCUCGCCUACUUUUUGCAGUACAAGCCGUCGUCGUCAAACCAGUGGAUCCCUCUGUACCCAGUUCUGGUGCAGCAGUGGUCCAUCAUCGACCUCAGCGAAGGCACGAGCUACGACAUCCAAGCUGCUGCGUCCAACAUUGUCGGCAUGAGCAACUGGUCGUCCACCUUCACCUUCCACACAGACACCAACAAGGCCACCGUCUCGAGCGCCCCAGGGCACCCUGCUUCCGUGCUCGUGGACGUCACGUAUGCCACGAUUGCAUGGACUGCGCCAGCGUCCGAUGGUGGCGCCAUUGUCACCCUCUACGACAUGAAUGCCAACAUUACCUCCUUGAACGGCUCGCACGCAGAGCUGACGAAUCUGUGCGACACCCCCACGCUCGCGUGCACACUCGGCAUGUUCUCCGCCGGCGAUCGCGUGUGUGUGGCCGUUCGGGCCAAGAAUUCGCAAGGCUGGAGCGAGUUUUCCGCCGCCGAGUGCUUCCAGACGCUCAGCGCCGGUGUCCCCGCAACCAUGCCUCCGCCCGUCGAACUCGCCAUCACUGGAAACUCGAUCAGUCUGGGCUGGACCCCGCCCGACGAUAAGGGCUCGCCCAUUCAGCGGUACACCCUGCAGCGCGACGACUGGUGGAACGACUCGCCCAUCGCCACCAUCCACUCGGAUCUCUCGCUCAACUUUACGGACGACUACAAUGGGCAGGGCCUGUUGCCUGCGACCGUGUACAACUACCGCAUUCGCGCUGAAAACCUCAUCGGUCCUGGAAAUUUCAGUCUGGAGGUUGGAAUCGUCACCGAAGUGAACGGCACAUGCGGCAACCCCGCUGACGUUGCGCUGUUCAAGAGCGAGAGUUCGACGCUUCGCAGCGCGCUGAACAGCUGCUUUGUCAAGUGUCUCACUCGUGCCAAGUGCACGACCACCUGUGUUGCAACGGCGACUGGCUUGUCUCUGCCAUGUUCCUCGUGCUGGGAAGCGGAGACUACAUGUGCUGCAGCGAAAUGCGUUGCUUGUGACGUGGCGGCGAGUACGGCCUGCCACAACUGUGUGAUGGCGAACUGCUACCCUGCGACAGUUGUCUGCGCCGGUUUGCCGCAGUGGGCCAUGCCUUGAGCGACCCAUUGAUGCAUUACUCUCAUCCCUUUUUUUUCUUCUCCGUCUCUUGCGCCAUGCCAUCUCUUGCGCCAAAAUUGAUUGAUUUUUCUCAUUAGUCAUGCAUUGUUUCUGGUGGUCAGCUUGCCAUGACUGUUGUCUUGGGCCUGUUUUGAAGACCACGACUUGUUGCUGCCACCACUUGUUGCUUUUUGUUGUUGUUGUUUCGAAUUGUCAAUGUGUUCUUGCUCCUUGCUUUGAUGUUUGAUAAAUGUUGUUGGUUUGUCGCCGUUGGC